CUGCACAUGCAUGUUUGCCGGUGCUGGAAUUGAAGCGGGAUUCUUAACUCGAACCCCAGCCAGCCCAUUUUUGCACUUUUCCAAAUGAUGGAAAGAAAAUUAUCCGAGGACUACGAAGAAGUUCCCUGCGACUCUGCCAAUGCUGUAGUAGAAGGAUGUCGGCUUCCAGUUUUAAUGAGAAGUGGAGCAGAAUAUCAAAUGGCUGAAAUCCUCAGUAUUAAAGAACUUGCAGCCAUGCGGGAAUAUUAUGUUCAUUUUUUAGACUUUAAUAAGAGAUUGGACGAAUGGGUAGACGAGAAAAGACUAGACCCGAGCAAGGUCUUCUUUCCCAAAAAGAUUUCACCAUCUCGGCCAUCUUCCCCGGUCGCGGGAGAUGUCCCCACCCUCCCACUACUAGCGACCACUUCUUCAACCCCGUCCCUCAACAAGAAGAAGAAGCAGGGACAGAAACGACCUUACGAUGAAAUAGAUAGGUCAUCCUCACAACCUCCAACUCCUGCCCCAAGUCCUGGACCCGCAACACCAAUCACUCUCAUUAAGGUCGAAAUCAAGGAAGAAAUUCCGGAUUUACUUAGUGGUGGUCCUGCAACUCCAGCCGGUCAGGGUGCUGCUACUACUGCUGGUCCUAGAACGACGGGAAGUUUGAUGAUGCACAGUAAUGACGACGUGGUAACGCGAAUGAAAAAUAUAGAAAUGAUAGAACUGGGCAAGCAUCGAAUCAAGCCGUGGUAUUUCGCUCCAUACCCUCAAGAAUUAGUCCACCUUCCUUGUAUUUACAUUUGUGAAUUUUGCCUAAAAUACCGCAAAUCUGCAAAGGCCCUUGAAAGACAUUUACUAAAAUGUAAAUUAAGACACCCACCUGGAAAUGAGAUUUAUAGGAAGAACAAUAUUUCAGUAUUUGAAAUCGAUGGGAGAAAAAAUAAACAAUACUCGCAAAAUCUUUGUUUACUUGCCAAAUUGUUUUUGGACCAUAAAACUUUAUACUAUGAUACAGACCCUUUUCUCUUCUACGUCAUGACACAAUUAGAUAAUCGGGGCUUCCAUUUAGUUGGCUAUUUCAGUAAAGAGAAAGAGUCUUCAGAAGAUUACAAUGUCGCGUGCAUAUUAACACUCCCUCCUUACCAAAGAAAGGGUUUUGGUAAAUUGUUAAUCGAAUUUAGUUAUGAGCUCAGCAAAUUUGAAGGGAAAUUAGGUUCACCAGAAAAGCCGUUAUCAGAUCUGGGUCUUUUAUCGUACAGAAGUUAUUGGUCUCAUACUAUUCUUGGCAUUUUAUUUACACACAAGGCAUCCGGUGAUCAGGAAAGGCCACAAAUAACAAUAAAUGAAAUUUGCGAGUUAACUUCCAUGAAAAAGGAGGAUGUGAUAUCAACUCUGCAGACCCUGGGCGUCAUCUCGUAUUAUAAAGGAGGCUUUGUCAUAGUUCUCACGCCAGAAAUGGGCAAAAACCAUGAGAAAAGCUCAAGAUUGACUAAAAUUGACCCAAAACAUUUACACUGGACGCCAAAAGACUGGUCAAAACGAGCCAAAUGGUAGAUUAGAAGAAGAUCUAUACUUGCAGUUAAAAACUGUUUACUGCGCACAAGAAAAUUUUUCAUGACGACAAUAUUUUAUAUGUGAAUCACUAAAAAAAACUCCUCUAACUUAUGCCACCAAUUGUUUUUUGAUAGAAAAAAAUGAGUGAUAAAAUAGAUUUCUUGAUUGAUUUCCAGCAUUUAUUAUUUCAGCUGAUAUAGAAUCUAAUUAAAUAUAUCUUUGAUUUGUAGUGUAGAAGUAAUUACAUGUAUAUAAUAGAUGUUAAAAUAUUUUCAAGAUGUUAUAACAAAGAAUUAAAGAAUUACAAAGCAAAAUAGGGUUCUCGGAUCGGUAAAGUAUGAGCCUUGUGAUAUUUAGAUUUAAUAAGAUUUUAGGCUAACCUGAUCCUGAGUUUAGAUAAACUCUUUAUCUUGAUUUUGUUCUACACGAAUAAUUAUCACAUUCUUAAUCCUUGUUAUUUACUAGUAGUAUAAUUAAUAAUUAAUGAUUGCAAAAGUAAAACUUGAGCUCAAAUAAAACGGACUGAAAUUUCAGGUUCAAAAUGUUUU